UCAAACCGUUAUAGGGGGGACACAUAAAAAAAAAAACAGCUUUAAAUAAAUCUCCUUUACAAAUAAAAGGUAAAGAGAAGCAUUGCUCACUCAAGCGGAGGCCAUACUUUGAACAGGGUUGUAUGGACAGCUAAAUCCUUAUGCCUUGACCUCGUAAGAGAGAAAUCGAACGGUCUGUGUCCCUCCCGCAGGCUCCGCGCUGGGAGAUCUCCGUGUCUUUCCGCAGGUUGGCCGCCUGGUGCCGCUGCCGACCGCGGAGGCUCCGCGCAGCUCCCGGCUCCACCGCGCCGGGGCUCGGGCGGGCGGGGCGGCACCAUCCGGGCUGCGCUGCUCAGAGCUCGGCAGGCUGGCUCGGCAGCUCCAUCCAGCUCACAGGGGGAAGAAAUCGGUUCGCUGAGAGGGAAUGGAGCUGACGAAGAGGGAGGAACCGCUCCUACGGCCAGCAGCGGCUCUGGUCCUGCUCCUCUGCGUGUCAGGGAUGAGGGCAGAAACCGCCCGGUACUCUGCGCCCGAGGAGGCGGAGAGAGGCUCCUUUGUGGCGAAUAUCGCUAAGGAUUUGGGACUGACCGGUGAAGAAUUAUCGGCUCGACAAGUUCGGCUCGUUCCUGAAGGAGAAAAGCAGUAUUUACAGCUGAACCAGCACAGCGGGGAUUUGGUGGUGCGAGAGCGGAUGGACCGGGAGGAGCUGUGCGGGCAGAACGAGCCCUGCCUGGUGCGUUUCGAGGUGCUGCUGGAGAGCCCCCUGCAGUCCUUCCGAGCUGAGGUAAGCCUCACAGACAUCAAUGAUCAUUCUCCUGUGUUCUUAAAUAAAGAGAUAGUUUUAAAGAUCCCGGAAAGUGCAGUGCCAGAGGCUCGAUUUUUGUUGGAAAGUGCUCAGGAUCCAGAUGUGGGGAACAACAGUCUGCAGCAUUACAGUAUCAGCUCGAACGAGUAUUUCCGUAUCUACACCCGGAGGCGGAGUGACGGCAGGAGGUACGCCGAGCUGGUGUUGGACCGUGCCCUGGACCGGGAGCAGCAGGCUGAAAUCGCGUUCACCAUCACGGCUGUAGAUGGCGGGUCUCCACCGCGCUCUGGUACAGCCUUAAUCCGCGUGGUAGUCCUGGAUGUAAAUGACAACGCCCCGGUAUUUAGCCGGAGUCUGUAUAAAGUCCCGCUAUUAGAAAAUAGCUCCCAGGAUACCUUAGUGGUGGCAGUGUCCGCUAGAGAUUUAGACUCAGGAACGAACGGGGAAAUAGCCUAUUCCAUAGUGCAAAAUUCAGAGGAAAAUCGCCACACGUUUAAAAUAAAUCCAGAGUCGGGGCAGAUUCGACUCAAAAAGUCGGUGGAUUAUGAAGAAACAAAGACCUACGAGAUAGACGUCCAGGCAACAGACGGAGGGGGGCUAUCUGCGCACUGCAAGGUGCAGGUGCAGGUGCAGGACGUGAACGACAACGCCCCCGAGGUGAUCAUCACCUCCCUCACCAGCACCCUCUCGGAAGCCGCCCCGCCGAACACCGUGGUGGCCCUCUUCAACGUGCGGGACCGGGACUCAGGGGACAACGGCAGGGUGAGCUGCGAGCUGCCGGGUGAGCAGCCUUUCAGCAUCACGCUGUUGCCGGCCGAUGCUUACGCGCUGGUGACGUCGGAGGAGCUGGACCGGGAGGAGGUGGCAGAGUACAACGUGACUGUGCGGGCCCGCGACCAGGGCUCCCCCGCGCUCACGACGUCCAAAACGCUGCUCGUGAGGCUCAUAGACGUGAACGACAACGCGCCAACCUUCGCCCAGGCCGUUUACACUAUGAUGCUUAGCGAAAAUGAGCCGGCGGGGAAGAGCCUGGGUCGCCUGACCGCGACGGACGCCGACGCAGGAAAAAACGCCCGCGUGAGAUACGCGCUGGACCCGCCCCCGCCGGGCGCAACCUCCGCAGCAUCAUUCGUGUCCGUGGACGCGGAGAGCGGAACCGUGCGGGCACUGCGCCCGCUGGACUACGAGGAGGUGUGCGCCUUCGAGGUGACGGUGCGUGCAGCCGACGGCGGCUCGCCGCCGCUCAGCGCCCAGGCGGUGCUACGCGUGGUGGUGCGGGACGAGAACGACAACGCACCCGUCGUGCUGCACCCGCCCCCCGACAGCAGCGCGGCGGCGGGCGAGCUGGUACCGCGCUGGGCGCGGGCGGACUACCUGGUGGCCAAGGUGGUGGCGGUGGACGCGGACGCGGGGCAGAACGCGUGGCUGUCGUACGAGCUGGCCAAGGCGACGGAGCCGGGGCUGUUCCGCGUGGGGCUGCACAGCGGCGAGGUGCGCACGGCGCGGGCCGUGUCGGAGAGGGACGCGGUCCGGCAGAGGCUCGUCGUGCUAGUGCGAGACCGCGGGCAGCCGCCGCGCUCCGCCACCGCCACCCUCGGCAUCGCCCUGGUGGACGGCUUCUCCGACGCCUUCCUCCAGCUCUCCCAUGGUCCUGCGGGGAGGCAGCAGCCGCAGGCGCCCGAGGAGGACCUGCUUACCACCUACCUCAUCGCCUCCCUGGCCUGCGUCUCGACGCUCUUCCUCCUCUCCGUCCUCACCUUUUCGGCGGCCAAGCUCUGCAAGGCCCGCCUCCGAGCACGCCUGUCGCCCCCUUCUGCCCCCAGCUACGGUGACGGCGACUUCGCCGCCGACGGCGUGGACGUGACCGGCACGGGGACACUGUCGCCGGCUUACCGCUACGAAGUGUGCCUGACCACCGGCUCGGGGAGGAGCGAAUUCCAGUUCCUGAGGCCCGUCUUGCCCAGCCUGAAACGCAGCGCUGAAAGUGGAGCGGGCCAGGAGGGGGAAGGGCCGUGCUGCUCGCAGCUGGCUGGCGAGAGGGAAGGCGGCCCGGGGAGCACGGCCCCUCCUGCCGUCCCGCCACCGGGCUGGCCGGCCGCCGGGCGCGUCCAUGCCUGAGGCUCGCUGGGAGCCGCCUCCGCUCCCCGCGCUCAGCAGUGCCGUGCCGUGCCCGGCGCGCUGCCCCUGCGGAGGCUCUCGCCCGGCUCCUCCGGCCGGGGAAGGCGGCUCAGUCCCUGC